GAUUUUCGAAUUGUGUUGAAUUGACGUCAGGGCCAGUGUCGCGGGAAAAUCGAUCGAUACUUUGUUUGUGCUGGCUGAACUCCGCGAAGACUGAAGUGUUUGCGACGUAUUUCAGAAAGUGCGGAUUAAUUUUGUUACAUUUCUAAUGAAUUAAAUUAUAUUUAUUCAAUUCACUGAUAUAAUUUACAACAAUGGUAUCGUACAAACCGUUUUAUUUUGCUUUCCUCGUUGUGGCAUCUGCGGAGUUUGUCUGGAAACAUCACAACAAUGAAGAACUACCCUUGGUUUUAGAAGAAGUUCACGAAAAAUGCCCCAAUAUUACGAGGGUAUACGCUCUAACGGAGCCCUCAGUUAGAAAUGUUCCUCUGUAUGUUAUUGAGUUUUCCGAUAAUCCUGGAUUCCACCAGCCAUACAAACCAGAAGUAAAGUAUGUAGGUAAUAUACAUGGAAAUGAGGUACUCGGUAGAGAGCUACUGCUAGGCCUGGCCCACUAUCUCUGUGACCAGUACAAUGAGCACAACCGCCACAUAAGAGCAUUGGUUCACAAUACUCGCAUACAUUUGCUGCCGUCAAUGAAUCCUGAUGGAUGGCAAUUAUCUACAGAGACAGGAAGCCAAGACUAUCUCAUUGGGCGUAACAAUAACCAUUCUGUGGAUUUGAACAGAAAUUUCCCCGACUUGGAUGCUAUUACUUUUGAGUUCGAACGUCAGGGCAUAAGUCAUAACAACCAUUUGCUAAAAGAUUUGUCACGUCUUGCUGCUCCUUUGGAGCCUGAAACUCGAGCUGUGAUGCGAUGGAUUAUGUCCGUGCCAUUUGUAUUGAGUGCUGCGAUGCAUGGUGGUGACUUGGUGGCUAACUACCCCUACGAUGAGAGCAGGAGCGGGGCUCCAGUCUCUGAAUAUUCUGCAAGUCCAGAUGAUGACACAUUCAGGGAGUUAGCCAUGGCGUACGCGAGCGCGCACGCAGACAUGGCGUCGGGCAGCCGCACGGGCUGUCGCGUGAGCAACGACGACACCACCGCGUACAACUUCGGCAAGCAGGGCGGCGUCACCAAUGGCGCAGCGUGGUACAGCUUGAAGGGAGGUAUGCAAGACUUCAACUACUUGGCGACCAACGCAUUCGAAAUCACCCUCGAACUCGGAUGCCAGAAAUACCCAUUUGAAAGGGAUCUGGAAAAAGAAUGGGUCCGGAACAAGGAUGCCAUGUUGGCGUUUAUAUGGAAAGCGCACACCGGUGUCAAGGGGAUCGUCAGCGAUGAUUCAGGAUUCAUCCAGAACGCCAUAAUAUCUGUCGUGAACAUUACUGGAUCCGUGCCGCGACCCAUCCGACACGACAUCACUACUGGAGCGUACGGCGACUAUUACCGCCUGCUGACCCCGGGCCACUACGAGGUGACGGCGAGCAAGCCCGGGUACUUCUCAGUGUCGCACGUUGUCACCGUGCCGCGACACCAGACCUCCGCCAAAAUACUCAACUUCAAACUAGAGCCUACGACAAGCUGGUUCGACGACUACACCACGUUCGGUCUGUAUCCACACGGACUGCGUGACGGUCAGCCGCGCAUCUACAAGCGCUCCAUCUACCAGCAAAUCACCGACUCCAUCCUGAACAACAGGGGACCCAAGCACUAAAUUGCAUUGUUAAGCCCGGUAUGCACUACACUGAGGGCCUAGUGGCAGUUUGAUACUGUGACGAUCGCGUUCACGUAAACGCGAAUUUCUAAAAGUUGAAAUAGCGCCAUCUAGUAGCACAACUGUUUCAAUUCCAUAUAAAGUCGCGUUUACGUUUACGCGAUAAUAACUAUGAAAACAUUGAAAACUCCCACUAGGCACACUGUUCGGACUAUUAUUUAAACAAAAGAUGACGUUUGGUCAAAUUCUAAUUUAAAUUCAUUCAUUUCAAGCUUAGUUAACAAUGGAUCCGGCACACGCACGGUGAAUUUAUGGAAUGCUAAGACUUUUCAAAAGUUAUUGUAAGAAUGUCUCUUACAAUAACUUUUGAAAAGUCAAGUUUAUCUGUUUGUUGUGAAUAAGGAAGACAGUGCAUUCUCUCUUUUUUAUAAUUUUCAUAAGUUUAAACUGUGUUACUUCUCCAGAUUUAUAGACAAGAAACUUUCAUCUAAUUUAUUAACAGUAUUUGUCUUGAUUGUUAUUCCAUUUUACAUCACACAUAUUUUAUAAAAUAAAAAUUUGGAAUUUGUUAAAAAUAUCUAAUAAUCACUAAAUAUGUGUGUAAGUUUUUUUAACAACUUAUCUCAAAUGGUGAAGGGAGGGGGCCUUCGUACAUUUUUCUAAUUAUUGUCACCAUAAUAUAUUUUUACGUCUUAGUUUUUUUUAUUGUUAUUAAAUGCUUGACUUUUCCCUGAUAUUUUGUUUAUUUUCAUCUGUGUCGUGUAGACGGGGCUUAAUUAUAAACGUUUUAUAACUGACGACUUUGCGACGAUUUGUAUGUAUUAUAACAUAUUCAUAAACUUGGUGUUAGUUCAAUGUGUGUUAAAAUUAUAUAAAAUUUAUUUAUUUGUGUAAAUACAGUUUGGGAUUAAGUUUAUACAUAAAUAAAUGUACCUACUUGAAUGGUGAAAUUAUUUUUUAAUCUAUUAGUGAAACAAUUAACAUUUUGAUUGGCCUGACAAUUGAAAAUUUAUAAAAUUAUAAUCUAUAAUAUGAAAUUUAUAAACCAAUAUAAUAUUUUAACUUGUAGAACUAUAGUGUAGUUUAUUAGUAGUUCUGUAGAUUAUGGGUAUAUAUGCCCAAAGUUAUCUUAGUGUGUGUUAUUGUGAACUUAUUGACACGUUUACUCUGAAAGUAAGUAUGCUGUAAAAUCGCCUAAUUUUAUGCUACAUGUGAAAGCUACCUUACCUAUAAUUUUCAUUUUGUUUCAGUGUCACUGUAGGUAUUUUCCCGUACAUUAUAUUUCCUAUUCUUUAUGCUCAUUAUAAUUAAUAAAAAAUGUCCUUUUUUAUUAAUAAAUAAUUUUCAAAGUGCCAUAAAUAAAAAUUUGAAUUGCGUCAUUACUUAGAUGAGAUUGCAGUCAAACACUUUUAGUUAACGAAACAAUAUAUAAAAUUUUGUUCCUAAUAGCGAAAAUUUCCCACUAGCUUGAAUUUUAUUAAAAUAAUUUUCAUAAUAUAAUCGAAAUACGUAUGUAUUAAUCAUAUUAAUUAUGUAUUUAGUGAAUUUUUAUAUAUGCGAAAAUGUAUUUUAAGUUGGCAUCAUGUAUUGACAUUAGUAAUUUAAUUGUAUAGUUCCAUGUUAUAGUUACCAUUAGCGUUUCUUGAGAGUUGUUAGUUUAUAAUAUAAGUACAGAUAAAUAGUGUCACAAGCUUUUCUAGUCUGAACUCUGAUCUGAAUCUUAGGCUCCAUUCACAUUGGUGCAGAGGCGAAGCGUCGCAAGAUAUUUUAACAAGUAGUAUAUUGAAUUCUCUCUUGAUUUACUAUCGUACUUUAAACAAUGGCGAACUUCCAAACAAUCUAUUGUUAGUAUUUAAAGUUUGUAGAUGAAAAAUUUGUAAAAAAUAGAGAAUUAAUUUCCAAGAUUUGAUAUUAUAGGAAGUUUUGAAUUAAAUAUAUUUCUAGUACUAUUUACUAACUUUGUCAUUUAUCAUACUGCGUGACAGAAGCUAAUUCCAUAGGUUUAUUCCGUGAUUGGUUCGACACUGCGCCAAUGUGAAUGAAGCCUUAUAUAUGUAUGUGUAUAAAAGGUUAUAAAUAAAAAUGUAUUGUAGUAAACAAGCAAAUACCUAAAACUAUUUUUGCAUGCACAACAUAAUAUAAAGAUACACAAAACUAUAUAAUAUAUGCUAUGCUAAAACAGUAAUUGUAACUAUAUAUUUUAAAUGAAUAUAUUUCUGUGAUUUUAAAAUUAAAUCCACUUAAUUGAUUUUCAAAAAACGAUUAAAAAAAAUUGGUGUAUAAUCUACGAUUUAUUGAAUUUGAUUUCUGUAAAAGCUUGACAAAUCAUUCGGAGUAAAAGAACGUAACGCCGGACUUACAUUUGUUUGACGUGUCGUGUCGCAUCAGAACAGAAUCGGGAUCAUAUAUUUUGUAUGCGGCACAUCAGAAGCCAUCAUGACAUGUCACAACACAUGUGUGUAAACGGUGCCAUACAAAAUAUAUGAUACCGAUUCUGUUCUGAUGGGUCACGACACGACACGUCAGACAAAUAUAAAUUUGGCAUUAGGCUUUUUAGUAGUCGUGGAAUUUGUCAAGUUUUUGCUGAAAGUAGUACUUCUGCCAUAUUUUUAUAUGCUAGCUUUGCAGUAUGAAAUAUGGCAGCCGGUGAAUUUACAGGCAUAUGAGGCUUAACACCUAUGGUUGGAUGUUUUCUCAUAUUCUUUGAAUGUUUUUAAAAAUUUAAACUGUCGUGAGUGUUAUUCAUAUAUUAUGAAACACGGCUAAAACUCACCUGAUGUAACCUCGGAGUAUGCCCGACUAGUUUCGAACCCAUACGGGAGCCUUAGUCAUGAGCUGGUUCUUGCAACACGGCACGAUCCAAACUCGAAACUCUUCGAAUGCUCUAGGCGAUGGUAUUUUACUUAAAAUCAAGUGGCUCAUUUGUUUAUUUCAUUUACCAAUAUUUCAUGUUUAAUGUACAAUUUUUAUGAAAUACCUUCAACUAUUGUGUAAGAACGGUAUGUGUAAAUAAUAAGUUAUAACGUUUUUUCUGCUUGUAAUGAAUUUAAUGUACAAAUACAACAUUAAUAAAGUACCUAUCAUAAUUAUGCAAAUUGA